AUGUAUAGGAGGGGAAGAUCGUGGGCAGAGCCCGCGGUCCAGCAUUCUGGAAUCAUCAAAGCAGGCGCACAACUUGUGUCCGCGGUAAGCUGCUCAACGGUCCCUCAUAUUAGCAUCAUCCUUGGAGCAUCUUACGGAGCCGGCAACUACGCCAUGUGCGGCCGAUCAUACCGCCCAAGAUUCCUCUUCACGUGGCCGACGGGGCGAUGCAGUGUCAUGGGCCCAGAUCAGCUUGCAGGUGUUGUAGAAACCAUCAGAACCAAGUCAAAUGGCGGUAGCAAGCUCUCCCCAGAGCAGAUCAAAGCCCAGGCAGCGCAGUUACGGGAGGAUGCGUACAGAGAUUCGACGAGCUAUGCAACCAGCUCGAUGCUUAUCGAUGAUGGUAUCAUUGACCCGAGGGACACUCGUGAUGUUCUUGGAAUGUGCUUGGAGAUUGUGGGGUUGUCUGGCCAAAAGAGUGCUGAAUCACAUCGUUUCCUAGCAAGAAUUUGA